AAAAUUUUCCUGCAGUCAUACGUUCCCUGUCAAUUGUCAUUUUCAAUCACGUCGCGAGUCCAAUUUGUGCAAGUGUGCAAAUUACCGUCGAAUAUUCCACUUCGAACAGUUUAUAUAAUCGUAGAAAACAAGCCGCCGCGCACUAGACGUCGCCGCCUGUCCAACAAAUACCUAAAUGUGCAUUCCAAAAAAUUACACGCGACCUAGCAAAUUUCGUGAGCUCUGGCCCCGACGCAAAUAAUCGAGCGAUCAGGUCACGAGAUUAGAAUCCCUUUCGCAACUUAUACCUCAAAAUAACAGCAACAAAAGUCCGCGGCAUUUCAUAAGAACAGUGAAAUCUUGUUGGGGUCGCCAUACCAUCAGCGACGAAUCGUAAAAAUCCGCCGACCGGCUGCCAUCGACGUAAUUUCUAAUUAGCCCCAGCGAAAAUAUGUCUUACGGUCGCGAAUCCAUAGUGCGCGCCGAAGGUCCGCCGGGAUCCUCGGGCGGUCAACAGCCAAUUGUGAAAAUCGGGCAUUAUUUACUCGGCGCCACGCUCGGCAUCGGAACCUUUGGGAAAGUGAAAAUUGGCGAACAUCAAGUGACCAAGCACAAGGUCGCCGUCAAGAUCCUGAAUCGGCAGAAAAUCAAGAGCCUCGAUGUCGUCGGCAAGAUUCGCAGGGAAAUUCAAAACCUCAAGCUGUUCCGGCACCCGCAUAUCAUCAAACUCUAUCAGGUUAUUUCCACCCCAACUGAUAUCUUCAUGAUUAUGGAAUACGUAAGUGGCGGCGAGUUGUUCGACUACAUCGUCAAACAUGGCAAACUCCAAGAGCAUGAGGCCCGCCGAUUCUUCCAACAAAUCAUCUCUGGCGUUGACUACUGCCAUCGACACAUGGUCGUCCAUCGAGACUUAAAACCUGAAAAUCUACUCCUAGAUCACAACAUGCACGUCAAAAUCGCUGAUUUCGGCCUAUCGAACAUGAUGUUGGACGGUGAAUUUCUCAGGACAUCUUGUGGUUCGCCCAACUAUGCCGCCCCAGAAGUUAUCUCUGGAAAAUUAUACGCGGGUCCAGAAGUCGAUAUCUGGUCAUGUGGUGUGAUAUUGUAUGCCCUCCUUUGUGGAACUCUGCCAUUCGAUGAUGAACAUGUCCCGACACUGUUUAGGAAAAUCAAAUCGGGCAUUUUCCCAAUUCCGGAGUAUUUGAAUAAGAGUGUAGUUAAUUUAGUAUGCCAAAUGUUGCAAGUAGAUCCACUGAAACGGGCGACGAUGGAAGAGAUCAAGAAACAUGAUUGGUUCCAAAAGGAUUUGCCAUCGUAUCUGUUCCCAUCGUCAGUAGAACAGGAUAGUAACGUCAUAGACAUAUGUGCUGUUCAAGAAGUUUGUGAUAAAUUCGGCGUCAAAGAGUCCGAAGUACACAAUGCAUUGCUGAGCGGUGAUCCUCAUGAUCAGCUAGCUAUUGCAUACCAUUUAAUUAUUGAUAAUAAACGAUUUGCCGACGAGGCUGCCAAGGCGGAAAUCAAAGAAUUCUACGUAGCAGGAAGUCCACCACCGGUUAAUUAUAGUCCUAGUGAAAAACCUGAACCCUACUCACACUAUCAUACAGUCACGGGAGUAACAGGCUUGCGACCGCAUCCAGAACGUAUUGCACCCUUACGCGAACGUGCCUGGGCACACGCUCAAUCGAACGCGUCAAGCCUGGUCGGACCCGGACAUCAGGAGAAAUCGCGUGGAACCCCUGUCAAGCGCGCUAAAUGGCAUUUGGGCAUUCGAUCACAGAGCAAACCAAAUGACAUCAUGUUAGAAGUGUACCGUGCCAUGAAAAUUCUCGAUUAUGAGUGGAAAAUCAUUAAUCCAUAUCAUGUCAGAGUUCGACGAAUCAACAAACUCACGGAAAAGUAUGCAAAGAUGUCACUCCAAUUGUAUCAGGUUGACGCGAAGAGUUAUCUGUUGGAUUUCAAGUCGUUGACAAAUGACGAAGUUGAGCAGAGCGACGAUGUGGUCCUAGAGAGUCUAACGCCUCCAGUGCCCGGUGCGAUACCACAACAACCGACAGGACAUCAUACUAUGGAAUUUUUUGAAAUGUGUGCGGCGUUGAUUAUUCAGUUGGCGCGUUAGGGAGAUGAAGCAAAGCAACGAAAGGCAAUAGUGUGGGAAUGUUCUUUUUUAAGCUAUCUUAGAAUUUGCUUGCUUGAUAAAAUUUUUGUAUAUCCUCCAUUAUAAGUGGAAUAAGUUCACUGGGAGAUAUUUGGGCCAUGUUUCACUUAGACGACAUUUUUCAAAUAUAAUGUGAGUCGGAAGUAUUGUUUUGAUCCUUAUCUACGCAAUCUGGUCCUAACAUUUGCUGGACAUAUUUUAGGAUCAGAUUUCAUGAUCACUUGCUAUUGAAAUUAUUAUUCUUAGUCUUAAUCUUUGCCCAGAACUAUUCGAUAGAAUUUAAAAUUCACUAUGGAAUUGGGAAACAAAUUUGUGAAAGAUUAAAUUCGCUUGUCAUUGCUCUAAGGACAACUUGUCCUUACUUUUCAGUGGUCAUCCUUUUUCACAAGUGACUCUUCAGGAAAUGUUAAAUGAGAUUCGAAAAACAACUUGCCUCUUUCACAAAACAAAAACGAUUUCCAUCUAAUGAAUUUGUCAUGGGCGCACUUCUGACAUCCCCACACAAUCCAGUUUCCCUCUCUAAAUCUAUUCCAAAAGAAUAUUGCUCACUCUUCAUCCUCUUUUUCUCUUCACUAGCAUUGAGCCUUCCUGCAUUGCCUAGACAAGCACACACAAAAAGGAUGAUUUUAAACUUACAAACUAUUUUAUUGUUAAUUUUAAAUCUUUCACUCACAUGCAUAGCGCAGAGCUACUGCAAUGAUUAUUAUUCGUGUAUUUUCAUCGGUAUUUAAGCUUUAUAAUUUUCGUUUAUUAUUUUAAUUGUAGUUGAGUAGUUGUAGUUAUUUUAUAGUUGAUUAUUGAUCAAAGAAAAGGUUAAAAUGGAAUAGAAAAUAUAAAAAAAUAAAGAAACUAGAAACCUACAUUUUCUAUUUUAUUGGUAAAGAUAACGAACAUGAUAUUUGCCUUGUUUUCUACUCAAUUAAAUCUUAAACUGUAACCUACAGAUGUGAAGACAAAACAAAAUAAAUCGAAGAGUACGAAAAAAGCAUAAUAUAUACAAAUAGCAUGUAAAAAGCUGAAACAGUAAAAAUAAACAAAUUGUUAUAAUGAAGAA